CGUGUGUGUGGGUGUGGAGUUUACUUAUGCUACAAGCGCCGACAUCUACCAAAAAAGUAGAUUUUUGGAUGGACCAAGUAACUCGCUACACUCACCAACAGAUCAUAUCAGAGAGAGAAAAGCUCAUAACUCACGGUAGUCCCUGUAGUCCCUUCGUUUUACUAAUAAUAUCACCAGAAUGAGACGGAGAGCAGCAUCUCCAGUAUCCAGCCAUGUGUCUAUGAAGAGUAAAGAUUCAAUUUGUCAGCCUCCUGAUCUCAGUAAUGGAACAGUGACCUCUAACACCAGAAUGAAACAGAGAACAACAUCUCAAAUAUCCAGCUUUGUGUCUAUGAAGAGUAAUGACUCCAUUUGUCAGCCUCCUAAUCUCAGUAAUGGAAUAAUGACCUCUUACCCUGUUGGCGAAGGAGAAGAUCUGACCUGCACUUCUUCCUCCUGUCAGAGCCACAUCAGGCAGCACAACAAAGCAGCAGCUCUGCAGACACACACACUGCUGUGGGAUUCUCACCCACCAGCAGAUGAUGUCCUGCACAGAGUAAAAGAGACUCACAAAACCAGAAUGAAGAACAAGUAUGAGACUUUAUUUGAAGGAAUCAAACUGCAAGAGAAUCAAACCCUGCUGAACAGGAUCUACACACAGCUCUACAUCAUAGAGGGAGAGAGUGAAGGAGUGAAUGAAGAACAUGAGGUUGUACAAAUGGAGAAACCAACCAGAACAAAACGCUCACAAGAAACUCUAAUCUACUGUAAUUACAUCUUUAAACCCUCACCUAAACCAGGAUGUGAGGAGAAAGACCAGAUCAAGACUGUUCUUACUAAAGGCAUUGCUGGAAUCGGAAAAACCGUCUCUGUGCAGAAGUUCAUUCUGGACUGGGCCGAGGGAAAAGCCAAUCAGGAUGUAGAUUUCAUGUUUGUGCUUCCAUUUCGAGAGCUGAACUUGAUCCGAGAUCACCAGUACAGUCUUCACAGACUUCUGCUGGACUUUCAUCCUGAACUUCAAGAUCUGAACUCAAAGAUUUAUGAGGAGUGUAAAGUUGUGUUCAUCUUUGAUGGUCUAGAUGAAAGCAGAAUCACACUGAUGUUUUCAGAUGCUCAGAAAAUUUCUGAUGUGACUGACAUUUCAUCAGUGGGUGUGUUGAUGUCAAAGCUCAUGAAAGGAGAGCUGCUUCCCUCUGCUCACAUCUGGAUCACCUCCAGACCAGCAGCAGCCAAUCAGAUCCCCUCCAAAUACAUCAACCGUCUGACAGAGAUACAGGGAUUCAAUGACCCUCAGAAGGAGGAAUAUUUAAGGAAGAGAAUCAGUGAUGAGCAUCAAGCCAGCAGAAUCAUCUCACACAUCAGAAGAGCACGAAGCAUCCACAUCAUGUGUCACAUACCCGUCUUCUGCUGGAUCUCAGCCACUGUGCUUCAAAAGCUCCUGAAAGAAGAUCUGAGUGCAGAAAUCCCUCACACUCUGACUGAAAUGUACAUCCACUUCCUGCUGAUUCAGAUCAACAUGAGGAAUCAGAAGUAUGAAGAGAGAGAUCCAGAGAAACUCUUGCAGUCCAACAGAGAAGUGAUUGUGAAACUUGCUGAAGUGGCUUUCAAUCAGCUGAUGAAGGGCAAUGUGAUGUUCUAUGAGGAGGACCUGAGAGAGAGCGGCAUAGACGUCACUGAUGCCUCAGUGUAUUCUGGGAUUUGCACCCAGAUCUUUAAGGAGGAAUCUGUGAUUUUUCAGAGGAAAGUCUACAGCUUCAUACAUCUGAGUUUUCAGGAGUUUCUUGCUGCUUUCUAUGUGUUUUACUCCCAUGUAAUUAAGAAGAAAGAAUCACUACAGUUGUUUCUGGGCAGUUCAUAUGAGAUAUACAGGUCUGAGGACAACUCUCUGUGUGAACUACUAAAACCAGCAGUUUAUAAAACUCUUAACAGUGAAAACGGACACCUAGAUCUUUUUCUCAGGUUCCUGCUGGGUGUCUCACUGGAGUCCAACCAGAGACUUUUAGAGGAUCUACUGAUAAGAACAGAGAACAGCUCAGAGAGCAUUAAGAAAACCACAUGCUACAUUAAAGACAAAAUCAAAGAUAGUCGUUUUCUCUUAGAUAGCAGAUCCAUCAAUCUGUUCCUCUGUCUGCUGGAAAUGAAGGAUCAGACUCUGUUCACAGAGAUUCAGGAGUUUGUGAAAUCAGACAAACACUCAGAAGAGAAACUCUCUCCUGCUCACUGCUCAGCAAUUGCCUACAUGCUUCAGAUGUCGGAGGAGCCGCUGGAUGAGUUGGACCUCAGGAAAUACAACACAUCAGAUGUGGGUAGAGAAAGACUUUUACCCGCUGUGAACAACUGCAGAAAAGUUAUACUUGCAGGCUGUAAUCUCAGUGAUGAAUGCUGUGAAAGCUUGGCCUCAGCUCUUCAGUCUUCAAACUCCUCACUGAGAGAGCUGGACCUGAGUAACAAUGACCUGCAGAAUUCAGGAGUGAAACUUCUCUGUGCUGGACUGAAGAGUACAAACUGUACACUAGAGAUACUGAGAUUAUCUGGCUGUAUGGUGACAGAGGAAGGCUGUGUUGAUCUUGCUUCAGCUCUAAGGUCAAAUCCUUCACACCUGAGAGAGCUGGAUCUGAGCUACAAUCACCCAGAAGUCUCAGGAGUGAAGCUGCUUUCUACUCUACUAAAGGAUCCACACUAUAAACUAGAGAAACUCAAUGUAAAUCAUCUUGAAGAGGUCAUGAUUACAGCAGGACUACGCAAGUAUGCCUGUAAUCUCACACUGGAUCCAAACACAGUAAACAUUCUUCUCUGUCUGUCUGAGGAUAAUAGAAAGGUGACACGUUUGGAGCAGCAACAGUCAUAUCCUGAUCAUCCAGAUAGAUUUGAUUACUUUCCUCAGGUUAUGUGUAGAGAAAAUCUGUCAGGGCGCUGCUACUGGGAGGCUGAAUGGAGCGGGUGGAGGGGGGGCGUUAUAUCAGUGGCACAUAAAGGAAUGAGAAGGAAAGGAGGAAGUGACGAUUGUAGGUUUGGAUUUAAUGAAAAUUCCUGGAGUCUUGAUUGCUCUGAUGGCACUUUCACUGUCUGGCACAACAAAAAUAGCACUGACAUUCCUGCCCCUUACCCCUCUAAGAGAGUAGGAGUGUAUCUGGACUGGUCGGUCGGCACUCUGUCCUUCUACAGCAUCUCUGAUGCGCACACACUCACACACUUGUGCACAUUUCACUCCACAUUCACUGAACCCCUCUGUGCUGGAUUUAGGGUUUUUAUUGAUUCCUCAUUAUCUCUGUGUAAGUUUGAACAGCCUCCAAACACUGUUAAUCUAAAGAAAUUACAGAGGAAAAUGGUUGCAUUUUUUCAUAAACAGUGAAGACAACACAGAAAAUAAGAAUCAUGACAAUUAAACAUUUGAAUUUGAAUUAAAACAUUAAAAAACACCACUAUGAUCAGAAAGAAUAUAAAAAAUCCAGAAAGAAUAUAAUUGUUUCUUAUAAGACAUUCAAUAAAAGAAAUUGAGCUGAAUGAACACCAGUAAACUGAAUUAACUUACCUAAACACAAUAUAUGAGAUUAUGCAGAUAUACACAUUGAAAAUCUGCACAAAAGGUCACAAAUGCACACAUAAACUUGAACUGGUAAAUUAACUACUAGUAAUUUACUACUUCUGUUACAAUAAUGUAUGCUUAAUUUUGAGAGCUCACAUUUUUACAAGGACAGUGUUGAUGUGUUUUUAUUUUAAUUCAUUUUUGUUUUAACAUAUCUGAAUAAUUGGUUUAAUUCUGAACUUCUUUUGUUGAUUAAAAUUGGAUGUCAUUGUAACGGAUGGGCAAGGAUGAGGCCAGGGCGAAUCCAAGCGCACACACAGAUUUAAUAAAGUCAAAUAACAGAUAAUCCAGACAGUGAAACAGGCAAAUAGUCCACAUGAGGAUGACAGCAGAAAUCCAGAAGACACAAAGAAAACAAGACUUUCAAAAAACCCCCAACCGAACACAUGAACACCAUCAACAACUGACAAAAGCAAAAGAGAAACACAAGGGUUAUAUAUACACACACAAGGAAACAAGCUAAACAAGCUAACAAGAGGGAGUGGCCAAUAGGAAACACCUGGAGAAACAAAUCAACAUGAAAAACUACAAAGAACUACAAAACAUGGCACAAGACAGGAAAUAACCAAAAUCCUCACAUAAGACAGGGAAACACAGACUGGAAACAUGACAGCCAUUUUAUUUUGAG